AUGUUUCAGCAUUGGGAGCCGGACAUUGUCCGCAUUAGGAUCCUUUCUGGCGUUGCAAGCCGGCCAUUUUGGAAUCUAACUCGGACACAAAUCGUCAAUUCGAACAAAGCCAACAAAUUGAGGUGUCUGGAGAUCGACGGCCACCGAUCCAGCCCAGGACCGCUCACGACGGCCACACUUGCGUCACUCCUGCACCACUCUCGCGGCCCCCCGCCACGCAAAGCCCCUGGACAGCUGCUCUGCCCCUCCACAGCCGCAUUCAUCCCCAUCGAGAUGGCUUCGACAGUCCCCCGCGGCCCCGUGUGGGCUGCGGCCCACGCGGCCGAGUCGCCACUCCCGCGCCUGCAACCACCAUCCCCCCCCCGCCCAGGCUUCUGGCCAAGCCGACCGACGCGCCACCUGGUCCGCGCAUCAAGUCGAACGGCCGAAGCGCCCGCCCGGCCCGUGCCCGGCUACGAGCUGGUGCGGCUCGAUCGGCCGCUGGCUGCCAGCGGCCCGCUCAGCGCCGACCAGAUCGAAUCCUUCUACCAGGAUGGCUACGUGGUCGUCCGCGGCUUGGUGUCCGGGGAGCUCCUGGAUCGGGCGCGGGAAGCCGCGGCCGCCUUGGAGGACCGUAAAAUCGACGCUUCCCGACCGACAUUUUAUUCUGGAUUCGGGUGGUACCUGUGGGAAAAGGCGCCCGUGUUUCGCGAGCUGGCGGUGUCGUCGGCGAUGACGGCGGCCGCGGCGCAGCUCACGCCGUAG